CACGACCUUCAGUAAACAGCGAUCAUCAGCUACAUAAAGACCGUCGCAUUAGAGCUGCACUUGGCAAUUUCAUUUCAGUGGCAAUACUACAAAGAGAUAAAUAAAAUAUUUACAUAGAGUGCUGUGAUACAAUAUUAACAAUGGAUCAAGAUGUAUUAACAGUGUUAAAGAUAUUAAUGAUAGGAGAAUCAAAUGUGGGAAAAUCAAGUAUAAUCCUUAGAUUUACAGAGGAUGAAUUCCAUGAAAAUAUGCAAAGCACGGUUGGUAUGGAUUACAAAACUAAACAAGUUACAAUUGAUGGUAAUACAGUGAAACUUGCAAUUUGGGAUACUGCAGGACAAGAACGUUUUCGUACCUUAACACCUAGUUAUUAUAGAGAUGGUCAAGGUGCUAUAUUAGUAUAUGACGUUACAGAUAAAGUUACUUUUAUGAAAUUAGAAACGUGGCUUAAUGAAUUGAAUACAUACUGCAAUAAAAUGGAUAUCAUUAAAAUGGUAGUGGGUAAUAAAAUAGAUUUACCAAAUAGAGCAGUAAGCACCGAAGAAGGCCUACAAUUUGCUAGAAGACACCAAACUCUAUAUAUUGAAAGUAGUGCUAAAACAGCAGAUGGAAUUAAAUGUUGUUUUGAAGAACUUGUACAAAAGAUAAUACAAACACCUGGUUUAUGGGAUCGACAUAUUUGUGAUCGAAUGCUUAAAUCAUAUGGUAAUGGUAAUAUGGGAGGUGCAAGACAUAGAGGUCAAAGAGGAAUACAACUAGUAGAUGAACCUGAAGGAGACAAAGCAUCUUCAAAUUGUUAUUGCAGCUUGAUUUAAUUAACUAAAAUGUGUGAUACUUCAAUUUUUAGAAAUUUGAUUUCAAUAUGCAUUUGUGAAAAGGUUGAGAAUCGCUGGUCUACUUGUUAAAAAAAGAAAAAUAUGAUUGUAAUAUAUUCUAUUCAAUAUCUUAUUUGUAAUUUCAU